AUGUCUGACUUCGAAUCAUCGGGGAGAGAUGAUCCUGUCCUCGAGGCACAGCUAUCCCGAACAGAGUCCUUGCGUGCAGCUGCUAAUUCUUUCAGCCCUGCACACGAAUUCGUCUUUGUUGCUGUAGUAUGUAUGGCUCAAUUCAUGACUCAGGCGGCUUUGGGUGCCUGUCUAUCGCCAUUGGACAUCAUCGGAGAAAGCUUCGACAUUUCUAAUCCUGGGAUCUCGAGUUGGUUAAUAGCCGGAUACUCCCUAACAGUCGGCACAUUCAUUCUUUUCUUCGGACGAUGCGGUGACAUGUUUGGCUAUCGGCUCAUGCUGCUCGUCGGCUUCUCCUGGUUUUCGAUCUGGUCGUUGGUAGCCGGUGUAAGCAUUUAUUCCAACUACAUACUGUUCAUCUUCGCUCGAGCUUUGCAAGGAUUAGGACCGGCAAUGUUGUUCCCAAACGCCCUUGCCAUUCUUGGAGCUACCUAUCCACCAGGAAACAAGAAACGACUGAUAUUUGCUCUUUUCGGAGGCAUGGCACCAAGCGGAGCAGUGGUGGGCGCAGUCUUUGCGGCUUUACUAGCCGAGUUGGCAUGGUGGCCUUGGGCGUUUUGGUGCAUGGCCAUUUAUUGCAUGCUGCUCGCUGUGAUUGUGUACUUGGUGGUUCCCUCAACACCGUCUCAUACGGCGGAUAUGCCGUUGUCGAAGAUUCUUGCUGAGCUAGACGUUAUAGGGGCAGCACUCGGCGUGACCGGAUUGGUUCUUGUGAACAUUGCAUGGAAUCAGGCGCCAGUAGUGGGGUGGCAGAAGGCAUAUGUUUAUGUCUUGCUGAUCAUUGGGUUUAUGUUUUUGGCCGCAUUCAUCUACUAUGAAGUCGCCAUGUCACCACAGCCGCUGAUUCCGUUCGAAACAUUGAACACAGAUGUCUGUUUCAUUCUAGGGUGUGUGGCUUGUGGGUGGUCUAGUUUUGGGAUCUGGGUGUUUUAUACUUGGAGAUUCCUCGAGGAUAUUCGCGGAAUCACACCUUUAUUGGCAGCCGCCCAGUUUGUCCCGCCAGCGCCCUCGGGUCUUGCCGCUUCGCUCGUCACAGCCUACUUGAUGGGCAAGGCCAAACCCGGCUGGAUAAUGUUCAUUGCGCUUUCGGCAUUCACGAUAGGCAGCAUACUAAUGGCCAUCAGUCCAGUAGGCCAGACAUACUGGGCGCUCACUUUUGUUUCGCUCUUGGUGAUGCCAUGGGGGAUGGACAUGUCUUUUCCAGCGGCAACUGUCAUACUGUCUGAUGCGGUCGGUCGUCGCAAUCAGGGCGUAGCGGCGUCGUUGGUGACGACUGUAGUGAAUUACAGCAUUUCGAUCGGUCUCGGCAUCGCGGGCACCGUGGAAGUACAUAUCAAUAACGGAGGUUUAACCUUCGACGACAAGCUCAAGGGCUAUCAUGCAGCGCAAUAUACGGGAAUUGGGAUUGGCGGUAUGGGUAUCGUCUUGAGUCUUCUUUAUGCGUUGAAAACUACUAGAAAGCCAUCUCAUGCAGAGAAAUCGGGUUAG